AAAUAGAAAUAAUUCGUCACUCCAGAAAAGUGACAGAAAUCGAAAAGGUUUUCUCGCAAUUCUAUUUGUGCAAUGCUGUUUUUCACAUGCUAUCGUCCUGUUUUUCUUUGACCAAUGCUGUGUUGCAAUGCCAAAGGUGCCAAAAGGCAAUUUUUUACAUUCAGAGCUCGCACGCCAUGAGGAGCAAACAUACAAGACAGGAUCUCACAAUCGUCAGAAGACCACCUCGGCUUUUUGUAAAUAUUUGAUGACCUCUUUCAAGGAAUGCUGGUACUGACUUUUGUUGCCUGUGGUGCGGAGCUGUGUUGAGUUAGUCCUCGGAGACCAUUUUUUUACUUGACAGCUGCACACUUGACUUUGUAGCAAAGUGUCACUUUGUCAGUCUUGUGCCAUGAAAAAACAAGAGAAAACGUGAGGUCUGUAGGAACAACUGUCAUCAAAGCUGCAAAUAUACACCACACACGCCUCAAAUGACAACAAUCGGGCACGAAAACAUGUGGCUGUCUUUGUCGCCCUCUAGCGGUGACACCAAGUACUUUGUUUUGAGUUGAGGAUUUGUUAGGCGAUCGUCGGUCCACUCGGGUUCUUGUUCUGUUACUGACCGACGUUCAUGUUCGAGGAUGCAAUUUUAUCUUGCUUACAUAACAAUAUGACGAGACUAAAGCGUGACCUAAAAAAAACACAUAGCAAGGGACAUAAACAAAACGAUGCUAUAAUACUGGAACUGUAUCAAAAUAGAUUUAAAGUGACAAAUACAGGCGUCCUCACGCAGCUUCGAGGAGGCGGAGUCCCCCCCCCCCUUUUUUUCUCUCUCUCUCUCUCUCUCUACCGCCCCCAACGACGCUGACAGCAAAGAAGAUGGAUGCCCCUCGAACAAGUUAUUGAUGACUCUUGCGUGAUACUUUUGGCUUUUGCAACCGAGCUUUUCUUUCCUCCCCUCCUUGUUUUUCUGCAAAACAUGCAGGUGUCAUUUUUGCUCUCUGUUCUGAUUUUAUGCAAGAGCGAAGCGUCGGGCGAGUUCCCCCGCAGCGGAACCGGGACGAGCGCCUCUUUCCCUCCUCUGCAUGCAGAUGAGGAUGAAGACGAGGGCAACUUUGCUCCGCAGACAGUCGCCGAGCCUUCGGAUGGUUGGACCUUCACCCUGAAGGUGCAGGUCACCGACAUGCUGACUCGUCAGUACCUGGCGCGGGCGGAGGUGGAUCUUCACGUCAACUACACCAGGAUCAAAACGGUUCUCACGGGGGAGGACGGCGGCGUUUUGCUCCAAGUGCCUUUUCAAAGCGGCUCGCCCGUCACAGUGCGGGCGUGCAAGGACGGCUACGUUUGCGCGUUGCUUCCCUGCCAGACUGUCCGGAGGCCAAUCUUCUCUUCGGUGACCGUGCCCCUACGUCGCCUGACGCAAGGGAACGUGUGGCUUUUUGAAGACUCCUUCCUGAUCACCGACAAAGCUUCGGAUGCUUCGUGGCGGCCCAUUGUCCAGUUCCCCAAGAGCCUGCUGAACCUGAGCGAGGGCAGCGACGUGGCCGCUUUGAAAGCCUACUUGACCGUCCCCGAGCCACCUUCAGCGGGAGGAGGCUUUCUCCGCACCUUGGGCGUCAUGAGCGGCACAGCAGGAUACAUCAGCACAGAGUUGAAACCGGCGGCGGCCGUUAGCGUGCGGCUCUUCCGCGGGGACACGGAGCUGCAUACGGGCGGCCCCGUGAAGAUCAGCCUGACGCUCCCCGACAACUGCGGACUGCGGUCUUCAAACGCUCUUCCGGCGUGGUUCUACAACCGCACCACCGGCGGCUGGAUGAGACGGGGAUUAGGCACGGUGGUGUCGGAAGGUGGAAAACUCAGAUGGACGUUCAGCGCUCCGCAUCUGGGUUACUGGAUGGCGGCGCCGGUGCCGACGCGUGGAGAUGUCUUUGGAGCUGACAUCCUGGGUGACUUCUUUGCCCGCCAUUGGUCUUUUGUGGCGCUGGCCCUUGGAGGAAUGCUCUGUCUUGUCGCCUGUCUUCUUGCUGCCUUGUUGUAUUGUCAGAGCUCCGCGAGGAAAACGAAGGUGACGCACGCACCGCCGAAAAAGGACCGAGCCACGGCCACCGGCAGCGAUGAGGACAUUGAAGGAUCUGCUCCAUCUCAGCGUGGCCUGAAGCACGCAAGAAGGGAGGAGCGGCGCGAUGUCGCCGUAGCCGUCCACGACGGCGACGUUUGCACCGCAGCGGCCCAACCCGAGAUCCCUUCCAGCGACGCGACGGAGCCGAUACGAGUUCCGGAAUCUCUGACGGACGCUCUGUUGUUCUACAGCCAGCCCGUGGCCAUUUUGCACGCGUCGGCGUUUUUCCAAGCCGAAGACCAACCGCAGCGGCCCCGCUGGACUGAGGCCAUGGAAGCCGGCGGAGAGAGCUCCAGCCCAAAUGCGUCACAAGGCUCCACUCGGAACCAGGAAGGAGAUCCAGAAGGACACGCGCAAAAUACUUUGCUACCGACAAGCAGAGGCCAGCGCGGUCUCCUGGAAUCGGCGUCGGUUCCGGAAACCUUAAGUCGACUGAGGAGCAGCAGACGCUCGAUGGAGGCCGCCGGCGAGCUUUCCAAAGCGCCGUCGUGGCAGCCGCCGCGGGCCUGGUUUGUGAGUCUGGAGGGCAAACCGGCGGCCGAGAUCCGUUACGCCGUGGAGGAGCAACAGCGGAGAAGAGCAACUGCGGGGAGUCAAGAAACCAGCUUGGAUUCCGGCGUGGAUAUGAUCGAGAUGAACCAGACGCCCGGCCGGAGAGCUGUCGCUCUGGAACGCAAGGGCACCUUUGUCAAAAGGGCGGCCGGCGAAAAACAGACGGCGCCGCAGUGAAAUGGAUGUGGCUCUCUGCACCAUCCUCCGUUUCUUCUUCAAUCUGCAUUUUAGCAAGAUCUUGAGCAUUUGAGCCGGUCUGCCCUCUCGUUGCUAGCGCAUGAACUCUCGCCUGCCACUAAAUUCCCUUUCAAAGCUUUGUUGCACGAGUCGCUUGUGAGCUCCACCUUUGUUUGCCUUGAUGUGCGUGCGUCGGCCCGGCAAUAAAUGCACGUUUCAUUU